AUGAUCCGACCAACAAGUACUGUUCCCCCACUACGUUCCCGCACUACGUUCCCCCACUACGUUCCCCCACUACGUUCCCGCACUACGUUCCCCCACUACGUUCCCCCACUACGUUCCCCCACUACGUUCCCGCACUACGUUCCCGCACUACGUUCCCCCACUACGUUCCCGCACUACGUUCCCCCACUACGUUCCCCCACUACGUUCCCGCACUACGUUCCCCCACUACGUUCCCGCACUACGUUCCCCCACUACGUUCCCGCACUACGUUCCCCCACUACGUUCCCGCACUACGUUCCCGCACUACGUUCCCGCACUACGUUCCCUCACUAUGUUCCCCCACUACGUUCCCGCACUACGUUCCCGCACUACGUUCCCGCACUACGUUCCCUCACUACGUUCCCGCACUACGUUCCCCCACUACGUUCCCGCACUACGUUCCCGCACCACGUUCCCUCACCACGUUCCCGCACUACGUUCCCGCACUACGUUCCCGCACUACGUUCCCGCACUACGUUCCCUCACUACGUUCCCGCACUACGUUCCCGCACUACGUUCCCUCACUACGUUCCCGCACUACGUUCCCGCACCACGUUCCCUCACUACGUUCCCCCACUACGUUCCCGCACUACGUUCCCUCACUACUCAAAGCAACCACGGCCCCAAUAA